CCCCCCUCGGACCAACCCACCUUCCCCAAGGCUGGUCCUUCUGAUUGACCGACACGGAAUUAGACAUCUAUUUGAGACAGCAUCAAGACUCCGGAGUUUCAUAUCCUACGUUAUAUCUUAUCUAGAAACACCACUACUCCCAACGGUCCUUCCCUGGCCGUUCGCCCUUGAUCAUGUCCUCCCUCUUCGAUGCCGUCCUGCAGUCCGAAUUGGGCUCGACGGCAGGCUCUCGUCGUCUUCAUUCGGAUCAGAUCCCGAGCUCACGUCCGCAGCCCCCCUCAGAAAGCAAUGGGCCGAUGAGCGACAUGCACGGUUAUCCCGACGAGCAAGGAGCUGACUCGAACGCCUCGACUGUUGGCCGACUCCGCAAUCCCUACCUUCCCCCUCCUCCCCCAGUGACCGAUGUAGCUGGAGAAAAAGUGCAGCAGGCAUUUGAAGAACUGCUUGAGACUUACGUGGAGGAGCCUUCACUCUCACAGCCGCCCCCGCCGUCCGCGGAGAUCCUGAGCGACAAGUACUAUGUUGCUCAAAUUCGGGGCAUGGCCAAAUUCGAGCUCUCGACGCUCUACGUGGACUUUACACAUCUGACCUCCUUGAGCAACCCGAUUCUGGCAGACGCUAUUGCCAAUCAAUAUUACCGGUUCCAACCUUUUCUCACCAAGGCCCUAAACAAUUUGAUCGCCAAGUAUGAACCCGAAUACUUUGCCGCACAUCGACAGGCUACCGCUACUAGUAGCAUCUCUUCACAGGCUGGCACCUCUAUGGUUGCGGGUAACUCAAGCGUGUCUGACAAUCCGGACUUGGACCGUGAUAUUCGUGAGAAGACUAGGCAUCAGCAAACCGAUCGGCUAUUCUCGCUGGCUUUCUACAACCUACCUCUUGUGUCCCGAUUGCGCCAACUUCGGACAUCCCAGAUUGGAAAGUUGGUUUCAGUGUCUGGCACAGUCACGCGUACCUCUGAGAUUCGGCCCGAAUUGUCUCUAGGAACCUUCAUGUGUGAACUAUGUAAGGCAGUAUGCCCCAAUGUGGAACAGACAUUCCGCUACACUGAACCCGCUCAAUGCCCCAACGAAAUCUGCGGCAACCGCACCGCAUGGCGGCUGGAUAUCGGUAAGAGCACUUUUGUCGAUUGGCAGAAGGUCAAGCUGCAGGAGUCGUCUCACGAAAUCCCAACCGGCAGCAUGCCGCGGACAAUGGACGUCAUUCUUCGCGGCGAAAUGGUCGAUCGUGCUAAAGCUGGUGAGCGGUGUAUCUUUACUGGUACUCUGAUCGUCGUGCCGGAUGUGAGUCAGCUGGGAUUGCCUGGAGUGCGACCGGAGGCUGUUCGUGACGACGGUGCCUUCAGGGGCAGUGACAUCGGCGGUGGUGGUGUUAGUGGUCUCAAAGCUCUCGGUAUUCGAGACCUCACCUAUCGACUCGCCUUCCUCGCUUGCAUGGUAACGCCCGACACAACAACCCCUGGUCAGCAGACGAAACAGCAAUUGAAUGGCCAGUCACACAACAUCUUGGCUUCCCUCAACCAAAUCUCUGAUCCUGAGACCGAUGAAGAUCAGGCGCAGGAGGCUUUGCUUCAGAGUCUUACGCCCUACGAGGUCCAAGACUUGAAGAAACUCGUACAUUCAGAAUACAUCUACGCACGUCUCAUCGAUUCUAUUGCUCCCAUGAUUUAUGGUCACCGGCAAAUCAAGAAAGGCAUUUUGUUGCAACUAAUUGGAGGAGUCAGCAAAAAUACCGAACAAGAAAACCUGCAGCUCCGUGGUGACAUCAACAUUUGCAUUGUUGGUGACCCCUCAACUAGCAAAAGUCAAUUCCUGAAGUAUGUUUGUUCUUUGCAUCCUCGGGCUGUUUAUACCAGUGGCAAAGCCUCCUCUGCGGCGGGUUUGACCGCGGCUGUUGUGAAGGAUGCUGAGACAGGCGAAUUCACAAUCGAAGCAGGGGCUCUGAUGUUGGCUAACGGCGGUGGUAUCUGCUGUAUUGAUGAAUUUGAUAAAAUGGAUCUUAGCGACCAAGUUGCCAUUCACGAAGCCAUGGAACAGCAGACGAUUUCUAUUGCCAAGGCUGGUAUUCAUACUACACUCAACGCCCGUGCAUCGAUUUUGGCUGCGGCAAACCCUAUCGGCGGCCGUUAUAACCCCAAGACUACGCUGCGUGGUAAUUUGAACUUCAGUGCUCCCAUCAUGAGCAGAUUCGAUCUUUUUUUCGUGGUUCGUGAUGACCCUAAUGAGACGGUGGAUCGCAACCUUGCGGAUCACAUUGUCAAUGUGCACAUGAACCGCGAUGAAGCAGUCAACCCAGAGCUCAGUACCGAACAAUUACUGCGUUACAUUCGGUUCGCAAGAACUUUCAGACCCGUCUUCACCGAGGAGGCCAAGGCCUACCUGGUUGAGAAGUAUAAGGAGCUUCGUGCCGGCGAUGCUCAAGGUGGCAUGGGCCGCUCCUCAUACCGCAUCACGGUCCGACAGCUCGAGUCUCUGAUUCGUCUUUCCGAAGCCGUUGCUAAGGCUAACUGUGUAGAGGAGAUUGUGCCCAAGUUUGUGCGCGAGGCGUAUGAUCUUUUGCGGCAGAGCAUGGUGACUGUUGAGAAAGACGAUGUUGAAGUUGAUGAUGAUGAGAUCAACGCCGCAAGCAAUCGCGUUGCUGAUGAAGACCAUGAGAUGGGCGACCGCGAUCGGGAAGGCGAUAGCCCCAUGCGCGAUGAAGGGGAGCCAGCACAACAGCCUCAACAGCCGCGCGCACGUACCAAGAUCACUUAUGACAAGUACAUGAAGAUCCUGAACUUGAUUGUACGACGUGUGAGGGACGAUGAGUCGAUGUCCGGUGAAGGUGUUGAGCAGGAAGAGCUUCUGGUUUGGUAUCUGGAACAAGUCGAGUCUGAGCUUCAGACUGAAGAAGAUCUGGAGCAAGAACGCUCCCUUGCUGUCAAGGUCUUGAAGCGCAUGGUCAAGGAUAAUAUUUUGAUGCCUAUUCGUGGACAAGGUCUGGUCGAUCCAGCUGAUGAGUCCGAACAAGUCGAGCGGACUAUCUAUGUCAUGCAUCCCAACUGUGCCAUCGACGAGGAGUGAUUCUGUGCUUGAUGUUCUCAUUUUUGGGUAAGGUAAUGAUUGAGCAUUGGUGGAGCAGGAGUCAUGGUGCCCUCGGUCGUUAUGAAUGAUGAUUUUCUGAUUUGACCUUGAUAUGAAAUUAUUCGCGCAUUCUCGAUGAAGCAUAUGUGAUCUUGGACUGACGAGUCUGGAGUACAUUGGUUGCACUUUUCCCUUCUUAUCCUAUGAAUAUAAUAGUUCAUGAAUUGCCGAUGCAUUCAUCUCAAACUCAUUUUCUACUUCAUUUGAUCCAAUUCUGACUUCAUAUCGCUACAUCAUCCCUCAUCUAUGCUAG